AUGGCUUCUUCCCGCUUCAUUCUUGCCAUCGCCCUCUCCUCAACUCUAGUACACGCUCAAUGCUACUACCCAAAUGGCGAAGACGCCCCUCGUGACGUACCAUGCAAACCAGACGCUGAAGCCUCCGCAUGUUGCGCAGAGGGCUACAUCUGCGUCUCAACGGGUAUGUGUCAGUUCGUUGAGGACGUGGGUACAGGCAAGUUCGCCCGUGGCAGUUGUACAAACCAGGAUUGGUCUAGCAGCGAGUGUCCCAAUUUCUGCACUGAAGCCGAGGGAGAGGAUACUGGAGGUACAGACGUGACGAGGUGUCAGGGGUAUACGGAUCGAUUCUUUUGUCCCAGGACCCAAAAUGCCAAUGUCUGUAAGGAUGAGUCAAAGGCACUCAUCUUCUCGGAAACUUCUGAAGCAACUACAACAUCAUCAAGUCAAGAAACAACAUCAACCGCCAAAGACGAAGAGACCAGUAGCACCGCAUCCACAUCCCCAAACGAGACAGGGCCAGCAGACAAAGACUCAAGCUCGGACUCGGACUCGAACUCAGACUCGAACUCAGACUCAGACUCAAGCCCAAGUCCCGCGUUGAUAGGUGGAGCCAUCGGCGGUUCAAUCGGAGGGUUUCUCCUUGGUGGUUCAAGUGUCUGGCUUAUAUUCUUUCUCCGAAAGGCCAAGAAGGACGCCCUCGAUCGGUCUAGGGCCGUCCCCGAGGUUGAGAAUGGAUAUAAACCAAAGGCAGAGAUGCCGGCCGAAUCAGCGCCUGCUGAGCUCCCAGGGUACUCGGUAGGCGACAGGGCACGACAGGACUAG